AUGGCUGAAAAGAAAAACCCAGUAUGGCAGCAUUUUACGGACACAGAGCCAGCUACAAGUAAGGUGAUCUGCAAGCUCUGUAAGGUACAUGUGAGCUUGGGAUCUGCAAAGAGCAAACAUAAAAACACCACAAACCUCUGGAAUCACCUGAGAGUACAUCAUCUCCAGGCUUACAAUGAUGCUCAGCAACAAAAAGCUCCAGCAGCUGCAGUGUCUACAUCCACUUCCCAACCUCAUCAGCCAACCGUAACAGAUAUGUUUGAUGCCCAUCGGAAAUGGCAAAAUUCAGACACCAGAUCAAAGAAAAUAGACACAUUAAUAACAGAAAUGAUUGCCACAGACAAUCUGCCAUUCGCUUGUGUUUCAUGUGUUGGAUUCCAGAGGCUGGUGGCUGCAAUGGAGCCCAGGUACAAAUUAAAAUCGGAGAAGCACUACCGCACCGACAUGCUUGAGGACAUAGUUGGAAAAGUGGAGAGAAAAGUCAAAGCACUAAUUUCAGAGGAGGCUGGCCCUUUUUUGUCCUUCACUACAGACUGUUGGUCUGGGGACACUGAGGCUCUCAUGAGUCUAACAUGCCAUUUCAUUGACCACAACUGGGACAGGAAGCAAGUCCUCCUAAAUGCAAAAACAAUGUUAGGCUCCCACACAGGGGAGUAUAUUGGUGACAUGUUCAUCAGUCUGCUGGUGCACUGGGACAUCAGCCAUGACAGGGUUGUACUUGUUCUCCGUGACAGUGGGGCAAACAUGGUCAAAGGUCUCAGACUGGCGGAAAUACCUGAUCUCAGCUGCAGCGCACACACCAUACAGCUUGUGGUGAAUGAUGGCAUCAACAGUCAGCGAGUAGUGCUGGACAUUAAUGCCAAAUUAAAGAACAUCGGCAAACAUUUCAACCACUCUGUUCUUGCAAAGCAGAAGCUUAAAAAAAUUCAACAAGAACUUGGCCUACCAGAGCACAGCAUCCUCCAGUCUGAACCCACUCGCUGGAACUCCACGCUUCAUAUGAUGCAGAGAAUGGUGGAGCAGAAGAGAGCUCUGAACAACUACGCUCGAGAGUAUGGAAAAAUUGCCACUCUAUCCCCUGAUCAAUGGGACAUAGCUUCCAAUUUAAUUGAUACAUUGGAGCCUAUGGAGGAAGUCACCCUUGAGGUGAGCAAGUCAGAGGCUUCCAUCUCCUGCGUCAUUCCGAGCAUUGCUGUGCUGAAGAUGAUUCUUCAGACAGAGGGGCCAAACACAAUUGGGAUCAAAACUCUGCGAGAGUCAAUGCUGCAAAGCUUACAGAGAAGAUUCCAAAAGAUGGAGGACACACAAUGUCUAGUGCUCGCAACACUCCUGGACCCUCGCUAUAAGGGCCAUGUCUUUUCAGAGGGCACACUUGAUAAAGCAAAAAGGUGGAUAAAGGAGGAGCAUGCUGUUGUGUCUGAACAGCUGAAGAUGGCCACAAGUGCAGAAGAAGGACUACACUCGAAACAGAGAAGGGUGGAAGUUGAGGAAGUACCUGGUCCCUCCAGUGUCAUUGACCAAAUGUAUGCCAACAUCUUGGGACCUCAUGGAUCUCCUACUCAGGAGAGUGAUGAAGACCACCUUAUAUCUGACCAGCUGCAGCACUACCUCCAGGAGCAAUCGCUCUCGUCUGGCGUGGGAGGUGGAGACAGUUCUCCCUCAGGACCGAGUCUACUGCCCCAGAACCAGGUUACGACCAGGACUUUAAUCAGUGCCUCAUUACCUGAUCCCGAUCAGCUGUCUGGCCUCCGGCUGAGCCACUCCUACCACUCCAGCAGCCGGGGUCCUAACCACACCCCGCUGCCACAGAAGCAUUACAUCCACUCUCUGAAUCUCUCUCCUCUCAGCAGAACAAGAGCGUAUGAAACUGAGACUGGAGCUGUACCAACCAUCACUUCCUACACAGCUAGCGGCUCCUUUAACGGCCUCCAGCGGGCCUUCAAGUGUCGACCAUGA